AUGAGGGAUCAGAAGAGUGACGAGACUUAUAAAGGGAGCGUCGUUGAGAACCAACAGACACAGAAGAAAGGUUUAAAAACCGAAAUCAACCCUAUACUUUUUUCAUCAAAUUUAAAUUUAAUUAGAAGACAACAUAAGCAAGAGAAUCCUUACCUUAACUUCCAUGAUGCUAAAGGUGAAGCUAAUUACAAAAAAGUUAACGAUAGACUUCACAGAGGUUUAGUGUUUCACAAAAAGGGUGAAAUAACGGCAGAAUAUGAGAAACAGAGGCUAUUGAAUAAAAAAAAGAAGAGGAAGAGAAUUUAUGGAGAGAAGACACAGGAAAAGUUGGAGAAAGAGAAAUUAAAUAAAAUCAAAGAAGGAUUAAUACCAAACCACGUUAUCGGAGAAGAUAAAUAUUUUACUGCAGUAGAAGAUAUACCAGACGUUGAGUGGUGGGACCGCCCUUACUUAGAUGAGAAUAAUAAUAUUUUAGAGAAAUAUGAUAAGCAGUUUACCGUAGAUGAUGUAUCUGAGUCUGAAUCUGAAGUUGAAGAUGAUGAACGAAAUUCUGAAAUUGUAAGCCAUCCAUCGAUACGGUAUGUCCAACACCCAGUACCAAUCAAAUUAGGAGAUAGAAAUAGGCUUGUAAGUAAGAUAUAUCUGACUAAAACAGAAAGAAAAAAACUCAGAAGAAAUAGGAAAAAACUUGAAAGGGAAGAAAAAGAAACUAAAAUAAAACUGGGCAUUUUACCUAAACCUGAACCAAAAGUUAAGGUAAGUAACAUGAUGAAUGUAUAUGAAAAUAAUCAAAAUAUUACUGAUCCAACUCAAUGGGAAAACACGGUACGAGAACAAGUCGAAGAAAGAAAGAGAAAACAUGAAGAAACAAACAAAAUCCGUCACGAGGAAGCCGUUAAGAGAAAGAGAGAAAACCUUGGCAUACCUAACGUCAAAGUUCCACCCAGAAACAACAUUUGCAAAAUAUUCAAAUUUAAAAAGCUAGUGAACCCAUCCAUCAGAUAUAAACUGAAGGUUAAUAGCAAACAACUAGGAUUACGCGGUGCUUGUGCAAGAGUAAAAGAUGAUGGACCAGGUAUUAUAAUAAUCUAUGGUGAUGAAAAAUCUUGUAAAUUUUACGAAAAGUUAAUAACAAGUCGAUUGAAAUGGAAUGAAUCGUUUAUUGACAAAACAACCAAUUCUGAAAUUGACAUGAGUGAUAAUUCAGUGGAGAAAGUAUGGGAAGGAUAUAUUAAUGAAUCAAAGUUUCCUAAUUGGUUUAUGAAAGUUUAUCAGAGAGAAGAAGACAUUAAAGAUGCCCUGGAGAGAUUUAAUGCUGGCCAGUUGUUCCAAUACGUCAUUGAGUAA